CCAUUGUUCGUGGGGCGCAUCUCCCGAACCGGAUUGUAAUGAAUAGCGUGGAGAACCUCGCCUCCUCACGAGAUGGCUCGAGAAAGUCUCCAACUUGCAGAACCAGGAGGACGAUUCAUCGGCUUUCUGUUUCCCUCGUAUACUUGCCUCCAGCUAUACGACGUCGUUCCUUUCUCUUCAACCGCCAUCGACGUCCACGAUCACUGCAUCUUCCAAGCUAGCGAAGGCCGCCAUUCAUAGCUACCAUACACUGAAGUUACUGAUUCCCGAAGCAUGCCUCAGCCAAGCAAAGAGCCCUGCAAGAAACAGGCUUGUGACAUUCAAGCCUGUCUCUCCAAGAAUAACUUUAUCCCUCAAAGGUGCCUUCAAGUCAUUGAAAAGUUGGAGUCUUGUUGUGAGAAAUGCAAUUAUAAAUCAACACAUUGCGGUUCCCUUUCAGGGCUUUUGAAGCAGAAGGCUACAGGAUAGAGCUGUGUUCUACUGCUUUAAGAUUACUUUUAAUUGAUGAGCGAUGACAUUGAUUACUUUAACUUAAGAAAAAUCCUUAAUUAGAUUGUGUCAAUCAAAUAUUUGUAAACAAAUCAAGCCAAUUGUGAAGAGACACGCUUGAGUAUGUCAGACAUUUUUCAAUAGGAGCUUUCUCAUGCUUGUAUGGAUUAGAAAUUUUGAAGGGAUAGAAUUAACAGGUGUUGGUCUUGUUGGAAA